UCGCGCCUGGAUAUUCUGCCGCGUCUGGCCGCCUCCCGUCGGCCGAAGCAAAAGUUCAUUCAGGCCUGCUUUUCGACAUUGCAGUCCGUCGUGCGCUGUCAGUCCGUUGGGUCAGCAUUUGUCUGUGGCUAUUCAGUCCCUGUGAGCUUGAUCGUUGGGGGCUGCGACUGCCCCAGGUGCCCUUUUUCCACCACCCUCUCCUUUUCUUCUCUCUCUUCUUGCCAUGGCUCCCCCGCGGCAACGGACGACUGCCGUCCAGGAUGACUCUCGUUCCGAAGGCUCUAGCACAGCAAGAGAGCAUAAGACAACGACGGUAAAGGCUCGCAAGGGUGCGGGCGGAUCACUGGCUGUGGCUGCUAUCAGCAGUCGCGAGACCAAGGUCUCUGGCAAUCUUGCGAACGUCACCAGCGCCCCGGCUGGAGGCGAACAGGACAAUUCGCCAAAGAUCCCCUGGUCCGAAAUGCCCCUCGAACUCCUCCACUCCUAUCGACACGCCUACAAACUGUCUACCCCCAGCGCCUUCUCCAGCGAAUACUCCCACCUGCUCCUCGGCAGAGGAAUCGGUCUCCGAUCCCCGACGGCUAUCGCAGCACAACGAGCUCAUCAAUCCCGCCAGGAUCAGAUGACGAAUGGCUCCCAGUCGAGCACGUCCACAUCCCGAAAAGCUUUGCACAACCACUCCGCGCCCAAUGGCGUCAGCACGAAACACAAAGACCGCCUUCCACACAAAGGAACCGAUACAAUCAAUGGCAAGAGUGCCUUGCACCGCAUAAUUGGCCAGGACCGGGUAUGCAAGAACCAGCUUGCCGUGACCGUCCGCAAACAUUUCAACAGUGCCGGUCUUGCGGAGCAGGAAGCCAUUGCUCGAUUUCUGUACAAAGUCCGGGAAGAGGGAAGAGGGCGACACUUUCGUCUACGAUUCCAGCCUUGAUUCCACCACCUGCUCUCUUUUCCUUCUUCUUCUUCUUCCUCUCCUCUCCUCUCAUUCCCUCCAUCCCAACCCGGAAGAAUCCUCCCGGACGUGCGGAUACCUCCCUCGGCACCGCCUCGGCUCCUAAUUGGCAC